AUGAGGAGCAAAGGGAAAAUUGUUCUGAAUGUUGCAUCUAGUGGUAUUGCUUCUUUAUUGCUUUCAAAUGGACGCACUGCACAUUCAAGAUUUAAGAUACCAUUGGACUUGAAUGAAGACUCGGUUUGUUGGAUUAAGCAAGGCACCACAUUGUCUAAAUUGGUUUGCAGAGCAAAACUUAUUAUAUGGGAUGAGGCACCGAUGUUGAAUAAGCUAUGCUAUGAAGCUGUCGACAGAUGCUUAAGGGACAUUGUUAGGUUUGAGCCUUACUAUAAUCCAGAACUACUAUUUGGAGGAAAGGUUGUGGCUUUAGAUGGUGACUUCAAGCAAAUUCUACUUGUAAUUCCAAUGGGAUUUCGCCAAGAUAUUGUCCAAGCAGCCAUAAACUCAUCUUACCUAUGGCAACACUGUAAUGUAUUAAGACUAAUAAUUAACAUGCGUUUAACUGUUAGAGCAACUUAUACAUCACUCAUUAAUGUUUCUCAGUUUGCUUCAUGGUUGCUGGACAUAUGUGAUGCUAUUGUUGGAGAUUCCACUGAUGGUGAGUCUAUUGUGGUAAUGUCCAAUGAAAUUAUAAUUCAAGAUUUUGACCAAUUGGUUGACUUUGUUUUUCCCAACCUGCUAGUUAAUAUCAACAAUACAUCAUUCUUCAAAGAUCAUUCAAUCUUGACCCCAACGCUAGAAGUUGUCAACGAUGUUAACUCAUUUAUAAUGCAACGUGUGGAUGCCGAUGUGAAAAAUUAUUUAAACUCAGAUAUUUUGUGUCUCGAAGAAGGAAACAUAGAAUUUGAAUUGGAUACACUUACACCAGAUGUCCUUAAUGCAAUUAAUUGCUCUGAUUUGCCGCCUUAUAAAUUGACUCUGAAAGUGGGUCUUCCAGUCAUGCUACUGUGUAACAUUGAUCAGUCAAACGGGUUAUGUAACGGAAUAAGAUUACAAGUAAGGAGAUUAGGUAACCAUGUAAUUGAAUGCAUCACGCUAACAAGAGGCAAAAUAGGCCAAGUCGUUCUAAUACAAGAAUGA